UAUCCAAGAGGUAGAUCCAUAACAUAUCCUUAUCAAAGCCUAAUUGGACGGAACACACAAAGAAACCUACUUCGAUCUCUACCAAGCACAAACGUUGUUUUUGAAACAAACAAACACAAACGAUACCCUUCAUUAUUUCCAUCACCUUAACUACACCCUAUAUAUACACACACAAAAACAAAACCUCUCCAACAACAACCUUAACCCAAAACAUUUCCUCUCCUCACAUCACCACCAACAUUACCAUGGCAGAGAAAGAAGGAGCCAUUGUCAAGACCGGACACGAAGAGUCUCUCAAAGCAGCAGUUUCACUCCUCCAUGAAUUCGAACUACCCGAAGGACUUCUCCCUCUCGCCGAUAUAAUCGAAAUCGGCUACGUGAAACCCACCGGUUACAUAUGGAUUCUCCAGAAGAAGAAAGUUGAACAUAAGUUCAAUCUGAUAAGCAAGCUUGUGAGCUAUGACACUGAGAUAACCGGUUACAUUUCAAAGAAGAAGAUUAAGAAACUUAAAGGAGUGAAAGCGAAAGAACUCAUGUUAUGGCCUCCGGUUAACGAGAUUACCGCCGAUGAACAACCAACUGGGAAGAUUCAUUUCAAGAGUCUUGCUGGGAUUACCAAGACAUUCCCUGUUGAAGCUUUUGCUGCUGGCCAGUAAUAUAUUUAUAUUCAUAUGAGUUGAUUUAUGUUAUGGGAAUCUACCAAACCUAUAUAGAUGUUUGGUAUAGAAUAAAAGAAUAAUUGCUUUCUUUUUAUGCUUUGUUUGGUGUAAUUGAAUUGAAUUUAUGCUAUAUUAUCAAGGAGUGUUGAAUCUAAA